UGAGUAAGGUGAUAGGCUUUGCAAAGCUUGUAGGUUUGCAAGGCUACAUGUACUACUGACCACAUCAUCGACACAUAGAACACAUUCGAAACGGAAUGACGACUAUAUACGUUAGUUGGUAAAGAAAAACAUAAUCUGUACCCGAUCUGUACAUCGUAAACAGACUGAACUGCACACUACCCCGCACUAAUGUGUAACGCCCCUUCACGUGUGCUUCCAGGAAAACAUUCAAGGGGGCCGUGACCGUUUACAUGGGUUCCUUGGCCAGCUGUGAACUCCCACAACUCUAAGCUUCAGGGAGUGUGUGGUGGGCUCAACUACUCCAUGCCGUGGAUGAAAUGGUCUAUGCGUAGCAGACAUAUUUUACUCGGAAAUAUGUCCUGAAAUGAACUACUACAUGCCAGCGAAGUGCCGCGAAAAUUAUUUUCUUAAAAGCGUCCUUAAGAGGUCAUAUUGCUCUCAUCCUAGUUCUCGGAAAACACACAAUACUGACAGUGUCUGUUCUGACUUGUACUUGUCUAUAAAUUAUCACCAGGUAUACGCAAUAUCUGGGAGUUCAUUGAGUGCCUUAUUCCUCAUGCCAGUGGCCAUUACUACAUAGUGAGCAUCAGUUCAUGUGUUUUUGGAAAUGAAAGGAGACACCUACUUAGCCUACCAUGGGAUACUGACCUUGUGAACUCUUGGAAACUUCCAAAGCACAUUAGUAGGGUAUAGACAAAUUAUUUCACCGCGUUAACAAUAUGAUCUUGACACAAGCACAAUCAAUCAUUCAUAUAUAGACCAACAUAUUUUCUUUAAUGUGGCACACUAUCAGAUUACCAUAUUGUUCUUUACUGAGAGUGCCAUUCGCAAAUUACUGUCACCAGCACUUCCAUUGCUUCCCUUUAUUAUCUAUCGCCUUUUUUAAUCAUGCAAUUUCAAUAUAGGGGUUAAUCCAAUAGGCCUGUUAGUUUGGGUGAUUUCUAACAACCUCUACACAUUGCUAUGUCAUAUUGCGGUGCAUUUGACUUGUUUCUUUUAUUUACAUUAGGUGUACGCCUACUUAUAAGGGUAGUAUGGCCUACAAUAUGACGUUUAUAUAUCUGUCAAAGUAGUUAAUUACAAAAAUCCAUCUAUCACUAAAUGUUUUCCAGACAACAAGCAACAAGCUGAACUUGACCACAUCUGAUGUUAAUGAACUAACCUCGAGGGGAAAAGUUCAGUUCAGUGCAAGUUACCACUAUUCGACUUCUGUCAUUUAAGUUUAGUGUAGCCAACAUACGUGAGCUGACGCUCCCUCUGUUUCGAAUUCGAUUGGACUACGGGCUUGAAGCAGAAAGCGGCUCUGGCCAACCUCUAGCCGGCUUCCUGUAAUUUGUUUCCGAGUAGUGCAUAGACGGAACGUCACUGAUACUCUUGCCCAAUCGUGUACCAGAUUCAUGAUGACACCCUGGGAUUCCGCGAAAUUGCUACUUUGAGAAGGCACCCUGAAAUGCAGCAAAACGAAUAGUGUUGAGCCAUGUGUGUCUUUCGGCAGGGGAUAACAGGAGUGCGACGUUCCUUUCCACCGACUUUUUGUUUUCAGUUCAUGUACAAAAAAGAGCCCAGUCAGCGAUAAAAAAAAAACUACUUAGACGAUUCGUUUUCUAUAUUUCACCACACCGUCACAUUUAGCGUGACAGCCUCAAUUUCUUUGAAAUGUUAUUGCUAUCUAGAGUCCUCACAUUGGAGAAAACACGUGUGGGGACCAGCCGCAUGUUUCUUGAAAUCUCGCCAAUCGCUACAAGAAAAGAUCAGUAGCCUAAUAGGACUACUGUGUUCAUUUAAAACAUCAGGGCUAAACCUGUUUACGGAUUUCAAUACAGCUGCAUCCAUAUUUCCCGCUAUGUCAGAUCUGGCUGUAAAGUGUUUGGACUCAAUCUCUAACUGUUUGGACAAAAAUGACUGUCCUGUGGAAGACCUGACCAAAGAAAAUCAAGAAAAUCGGACUUUGCUGAUGGUAGCAAUGAUUUUGCUUGAUCUUAAACAGUGCGAUUCAACUGCUCGAAGCAACAGCGGCGCCAGCAAACGUUUAGGAGAUAGUGACGCAGGUAAUCAGACAGUAUUGUGGAACCACGGAGCGGAGGAUGAAGUGCGGAAUCCCUUAACCGGACGCUGUCGACCAAAUACAAAGGUGGUUAAGCAGAGUCGUCGGCGCACCGGGAGGUUGCACGUGUCCCCGGAAAAGAAGCACUGCUGUCCCUUCAAUGGCUGUGGAAAAACCUAUGGCAAAUCAUCUCAUCUUAAGGCUCAUUUAAGAGUUCAUACAGGUGAACGUCCCUUCAAGUGCACGUGGCCUGACUGUGCUAAGAAGUUCUCACGCUCCGAUGAGCUGACGCGUCACGUCCGUACGCACACCGGAGAGAAGCGCUUCACCUGUCCGCUAUGUGACAAGUGCUUCAUGAGGAGCGAUCACCUCACUAAGCACGCUCGCAGGCACGCCGGCUUCCACCCCAGCAUGCUCCAGACCGCAUCUGGCCGGAGACAACGUUCCUCUGCAUCCAUUUCGUCAUCUGGAUCAAGUGACACGCCGUCUGAAUGUGUGUGAUAUUCGCAAUCAGCUCUCCCUCACCUCCCUACAUUAACCUCUAUGUACAUGCACAAGCAGACAUGCGCAAGGAUGUGUUUGCACUCAUCCCUGUAUAGUCCAAUACAGUCAUAUGGAGUGGACCAGGUGGUGCAGGUCUUGUGGAGUAAAAUCAGGGGCAUCGCUAGGUAUAUUAUUGGGGGGAGAGGGGGGCUUUAGCCCCCACUGCCCCCCCCCCCCCCCCCCCCAAAAAAAGUACUGUCCAGCACACCCAUCGCCCAAUAAAUGUCCUUCGCUUAAUCAAAGCUAUCAAUAUAUCUAAGCUAAAAGUUUUCAUUGAUCAAGAAACUAUCAGCAAUUGUACCAUUGCCUUUAUAAUAUUACAGGAUAGGCACAAGGAACUGUUUAUAAUUGAUAGCAUCACCAAACUACAACCUUCUGUGUCAUCACAGAACUUUAACCUUACCUAACUAUCAGUUUAGGUAGAUGUCCCAGCCCUAGAUCAUAACAAGAAAUUACGUUUUAAUUAUAGAAUUAAGUACAACUAGAUUAAAUGCGGAAUGGUUGAAGACAUUACAUUUUAAAGACAUGAACCCAAGUGAAGGGUUCAGAGAAUAAGGGUUCAGAGAAAUUAACAUAUUGAUGAUAUAGUGAAUGGUAGUGUUCAGUGUGAUUUUAUAUUCUCAUCUGUGAUGCUGCAGCGGAAAUGUUUUCCCAUACUUUGAUUUGAUCAUCCUAUAUGGGUGUUGUUGCAUUUCUAUUUAUAGAUCCAAUGUAAUUACAAAAUUAAAAAAGGGAAUUACUUCAACUUUAGGUCAUCAUUUUGUAAUAUGGCUGUAAUUCAUAUUUGUUCAUGUGGCUUCCAUGUGAAAUUAACAGAAAACUUUCCCAACUGAUUUGGGAAAAACAAAGGGCUAGGUCUUAUUUCAUUGUUCAAAGUGGUAUUUAGUCACUACAGACAGCAGAGGAUUGUUUGUAUUUGAGGCUUCGCCUUCUUGCGCCCCCUAGCGGUUGCAAAACUCACUUUUACAACCUCUCAUGUGCGUCAUAACCAAAUUAAUAUUUCUAUUUCAUCUUCUAUGUAUGUACAGACAUUUUUUUGUUUAUUUUUGUUUGUUUUUUAAGCUUUAUUUUUGGUGGUGGGGUGUGUGUGUGUUGGGGGGAGGGGUAUUGGUACAGACCUUUUGGUUGCAGCUCUUUGUACUGUGAAGGUUUUCCAUGAUAAUUACUGUAAGUUAGAAGUAAACUCACCACCAACAUUGCUGUCUACCAACCUGCCUUUGUUAAACCAUGUAGCUCAGCUAGACUAUAUAUUUAAAGCAAGUCAGACACUACUGUUAAUGUUAGUGAUACUGUAUUCAUAAUUGGUAUUGUUAAGACAGGCUGCUUUUCAUACUGUGAAAUGCAUCACUGUUUGUGCCUUUAGUUGAAAUGGACAUAGUCAUGGUAUAAUGAAAUAUAAACUUCUGUAUUAAUUCCCUAUAGAAAUAUAAUAAAUACUUUCUAAUCAUGUUUUUUGUAAUAUUUGGGUUAUUAUGAACAAUAAAACCAAAACAUCAUUAAGGUUUGAGAUGGAUACAGAUAUACUGGAAAAAUAGCAGCGUUUACUGUUGUAUGCUAAGGGUGUAUUUCAUAAGCAUCAGUAGUCACAGUAUCAUCUUACUGAAUACUGUCGUUGACAACUAUUUUGCUGCUGGAAAGUACAUGUAGGUACAAUUAUGGUAUUUAAGCGUCUUUGGGUUUCUAGAAAAGCGCUAUAUCAAAAUAAAGUAUUAUUAUUAUUAUUUUUAUUAUUAUUAUGGUAUAAGUUAGCCAGACAUUCGUUUGUGCACAUAUGGGUUUAGCUGUGUGGUAUUUAUCAUCACGCAGUGCUGUAUUGUGUGGAGUUGUUUUGUCUGUAAUGCAACUAAAUCAUUUCUUAACUCAA